UUCCUCGCGUUGGAGACACUAAUCCUGUGCCAUAAAGAAGACGCAGUAUCCUUGUGUACUGUACCUUGCUCGCAUCCUAAGUAGAGAACGUGCCUUAUUGUGAAAGCUUUCCCUAAGAAAAAAAAAAAAAAGAAGACACCCAAACCGUCAACAUGGGCUGCGUCAGCAAGUAUGGUCUUCUCACAAUCAAUUUCUUCGUACUGGCCUUUGGGCUGUGCGUGAUCGGAGUGUCGGCAGCCAUUCUCCACCAAAACACCAUCUACGGGGUGCUGCUUUCCAACCUAUUUUACUCAGUACCCCUGAUCAUCCUACUGUCAGGCAUAUUCCUGACAUGUCUAGGGGUGUUGGGUUGCCUCGGCGCCAUCAAAGAGCAUCCAGUUCUCCUCAAAUUAUACGCGGUAGUGAUCACGGUGAUACUCAUUGUAACAAUGACAGCCGGCAUAACGAUGCUCGUCUUCACGGCCAACACGUCUAGCUUCCUCGUGCGUGGCAUGACCAACGUGUUCAAUGAAUACGGUGAAGAGGACAAGGAAUACAUCACCCACGACCUUGACAUUUUCCAGCAGACGAUGCAUUGCUGCGGCAUCAUCAGCUACACUGACUGGGCUAACUUCACCUUCGGCAACAACACUAACGUGGCUGACGGCUGCUGUAGAAACCAGACGGUGGGUUGUGGGGAGGACUUAUUGCAAGACCCUGACGUGGAGGACCUGGUGUACACGACCGGUUGCCUCUCCUUCGUCGUGAAUGCUUUCGAUGCCAUUUGUCUGACGCUCGGUAUCCUCACCUUUGCUCUUGCUUGCUUCCAGGCUCUGAGCAUUGCCUGGGCAUGCAUCAUCGCUAAAGACUCGAGGAGAUACGAGCACAUCUAAAGAAUGAAUGCACAAGACCGUGAUAAUUCGAAAUUAAUUUUUCAUUCAUAUUCAAUCUGGCUGCCACGCUGCACAAGACUUUCUAGUUUCCCUUAUCCUUAUUCUGUCCAUUUCUCUAAUGCAAGAGUUAACAUAAUUCUUAAUUAUUCGUUCCCUUUUCUGGUGAACUCUGGUAUUUCCUAUAUUCUGUAUUUUCUCCUUCGUAUGACCUGAACUUAUUCAAGAGGAAUUUUCAAGACACAAAUAUUAAACGAUCGUUAUUUUGAGGCAUUUUUUUUUUUUGCCCUUUUUUGAUGUCCUUGGCAAGUGCCCUUCUUACAAGAAAAAAUAAGUGGUGCAACAUCAUGGACACACGGCGUGCACAUCAAGACAAUGAGGAAGCUACGCUGAGUCUACACAGAAAAUAGGCGAUAGAUUAUCGGUGGUGAACGAUAUUUCUUCAUUGGUCUUGUAGCUUAUUCAUAUUAUAACUUGUUGGUUGUUGUUGCUGCCAUUAUCAUUACUAUUAUUAUUGAUGUUAUCAUUAUCCUUAUUAUUAUCAUUAUCAUUACUCUCCGUACUACUACUACUACUACUACUACUACUACUACUACUCCUAACACUACUACUCUACUAUUACAACUACAACUACUGCUAAUAUUUCUCCUGUUGUUAUGGUUGUUGCUGUUGUUGUUGCUGCUGCUAAUAUUACUACUGCUAUUUCUUCUUCUACUAAUACUGCUACUGCUGCUACUUUUACUACUUUGAUCUCUCUCUCUCUCUCUCUCUCUCUCUCUCUCUCUCUCUCUCUCUCUCUCUCUCUCUCUCUCUCUCUCUCUCUCUCUCUCUCUCUCUCUCAUAUGUUCAUGUUCUCACUGUGACUACGUAUACAUUAUUACUGAUACCACUUAGUCUUCGCUUCUGCGUUCCUUCCCGCCUACGACUGUUCUCUUCUCUUAUCUCCCUCACUCUCCUCCACUUCACUUUCUCGUUUCUCUCCUUAUCGUACUUUUUUUUGCCUUAUCGUCUCAUAUCACCAAUGUGGCUUCACUCACCUUUCGUGCUUAUUACUCCUGCUCCUACCACCCUUAGGACAGUUAUCGGCGGCAAAAUGUAAACAAUGGCGAAUGUAACGACAAUAAGGAUAUUGAUAAUAAUGAUGAUGGUGAUGAUGAUGAUGAUGGUGAUGAUGAUGAUGAUGAUGAUGAUGAUGAUGAUGAUGAUGAUGAUGCUACCAAUCACGGCAGAAUACCCACCCAGAGUAACUAAGUAACAUAUGAAAAUAAAGGAAGCUACACAAGAAACCAUCAGGUGUACACGUAGCAGUCCUUGCAGCAGUGCCUUGCCAAACUACUACCAAUUUGAGCCCGCCAGAAUUUAAAAUUUUUCUCGAGUCGUGGGUCUGCUAUACAUAAAAACUGCGAGUACAUUUAAUUGAGUCUAAUUGUGUGUCCCGCCCCACUAUUACGUUUAAGGAAUGAACACUUCUGAACACUACCACUGUCCUUAUUUACUGUAUCACUGGUGCCAAAUUUGUUAAUCACAGAGGAUUUACUGUGGUCUUGUUUCGAAGCUUGGACUGUGUACUACAUCACGUUAAUCUAAGGAAUAAUAAAAUGAGGUGUUUGUUGAUAGCGACCACUGCCAAUUACGUUCACUUGGCAGUGGCAGUCAAGCAAGAUCAGUACGUUGAACAAUAAUACUCACUAUACUGAAAUCUCUCUCUCUCUCUCUCUCUCUCUCUCUCUCUCUCUCUCUCUCUCUCUCUCUCUCUCUCUCUGGUGCUUCUAAAACAAUAAUACCUGCAGUAUGGUUUGCUCAUCGACUGCAUGAAGUUUCUCGACUGCAGUUCUAGAUAAAGGAGUGACAACACAAUAACGUCAAUUAAAUGAAAAUAAAUCUAUAAAAAUAAGGUGAUGUGCACGGUAAUUCAGCAAUCAAUAAAAUUAAAAGUAAUGAAAUAUAAUGGUUUAGAUGAAAAAAAGAUAAGAAAAUAUUGUGACUCUUCCGAGAAUAAAACUCAUAUCAAUUGCCUUAA